AUGAAGACGCUGCUGCUCUUGUAUCUGUGCCUUCUGGGUGUUGUGUCCUUACAGACCACCGUCGACGCUCGUGGUCACCGCCCACUGAACCGAGGCAGAGAGACCUACAACCCCAACCGAUAUACCCCACCCCCCAUCAGCGGGGGCAACAGGUAUCGCGGUCGACCCACUCAGACCCAGACCCCCGGCAGAGGAUCCCAGACCGAGGAGAAGGUGGAGCAGCCGGAGGCCGGAGGAUGCACCCACGCCUCGGAGGAGAUGGGUGUUUUGUGUCCCAACGGCUGCGAGCUGAAGACGGCUCUGCUCAAACAGGAGAGGACCAUCCGAACGAGCGUCAAUGAGCUCGGACCCCAGGUGGACGAACUGUCCCGGUCCUCCAACAACGUCUACAACUACGUCCACAGCAUGUCCAGCUCGCUGAGGGAGCGCCAGCGGGUGUUUAACGAGAACAACAACGUGGUGACUCGCUACACCGACCGGGUGGAGGAGCAACACGCCUACAUCAAGGACACGGUGGACACCGUCUUCCCCUCCAACAUCAGAGUGCUGCAGGGCGUCCUGGACAAAAUCAAGCAGAAGAUCCAGAAGCUGGAGAAGGCCAUCCAGGCCCAGAGGGAGGAGUGCAAGGAGCCCUGCAAGACCAAAUGUCCCAUUCCUGUGGUGUCCGGUAAAGAGUGUGAGGACAUCUACCGACGUGGAGGAACAGACUCCCAGAUGUACAUCAUCCAGCCCGACUCCUUCACAACUCCGUACAAGGUCUUCUGUGACCAGAGCACCCAGAACGGAGGAUGGCUCCUCAUCCAGAGCAGGCUGGACGGCAGCGUGGACUUCGGACGCCGUUGGGACGAAUAUCGUCGCGGGUUCGGAAACAUUGCGUUCGACGUUGGUAAAGGCCACUGCGAGACCCCCGGAGAGUACUGGCUCGGCAACGACCGCAUCAGCCAGAUCACCAAGAUGGGGCCGACCGAGGUUCUGAUUGAGAUGCAAGACUGGGCCGGAGACAAGGUCCACGCUCAGUACCAACAGUUCACCAUCCAAUCAGAAACGUCCAACUACGUGCUCGCUGUCAACGGUUACUCUGGCAACGCCGGCAACGGCCUGCUGGAAGGCUCUCUGGAGCUGUUCGGCGAAAACCGCACCAUGACGAUUCACAACGGCAUGAUGUUCAGCACGUACGACCGAGACAACGACAACUGGAACCCCGGCGACCCGUCCAAACAGUGCUCCAGGGAGGACGGAGGCGGCUGGUGGUACAACCGCUGCCACUCGGCCAAUCCCAACGGCCGCUACUACAUCGGCGGCGCCUACACCAAGCACAUGGCCAAGCACGGCACGGACGACGGCGUGGUGUGGAUGAACUGGAAGGGCAGCUGGUACUCGCUCAAGGCCAUCAGCAUGAAGAUCCGCCCGUUCUUCCAGUCCAGAUAG